AUGAUAUUGAAUUAUUUAAGUAAAAAUAUUUAUAGUAUAAACAAAAUGGAAACUUUGGUUGUAGCAUUAUGUAUUUUAUUGAUUAUUUAUAGAAACUUUCAUUAUAUAAAGAGUAUCUUUUAUUGUAAAAAAAAUGAAGACAAUUCUUUUAAACAACGAAAAGUUUUCUUUGUUGGAAAAAGAGGAAGUUGUAAAAAACUGGCUAUAUUAAAUCUUCUAAAAAGACAAAGACAUUCAGAUUUAAGUAUUAACAUUACACGUGAUAAUGUUUUUACUAGUGAUAAAGCUGAAAAAUAUAAAAUGUUAACAAACAAUGAAAAUGAAAGUUAUAAAGUGUUAGAUCUUAAAAUUAACAAUCUAAAAUUUAUUAAGUACACACCCAGUAGAAUAGGACCUAAUACACUAAAUAAGUUAAAAAUUAAUACAAGAGAUACUUUCAUUUUUUUCUUAUCAGAUAAAGACGAAACUUAUCCCAUGUUGGCAGGAUUUGAUGUUCAUUUUGUUUAUUGGAAAAAAAUUGACGAUAAAUAUAGAGAUGAUGUUACUUAUUUGGAUGAAAAUACUUCAAAGUUAUUAGAGAUCAUUUACAAGAUUAAAAAAUAA